AUGAGAGACUACAAAAUCGUCGUUCUGGGCGCCGGUGGCGUCGGAAAGUCUGCCAUUACCGUCCAGUACGUGCAGGACAUUUUCAUCGAGUCCUACGACCCUACCAUUGAGGAUUCCUACUGCAAAAAGGUGAAUCUGGAUGGCCGGCACUGCACCAUGGAGAUUCUCGACACCGCUGGAGUCGAGCAAUUCACCGCCAUGCGAGAGCUGUACAUCCGAAACGGUGAGGGCUUCGUUCUGGUCUACUCAGUCAACUCGGAGUCGUCUUUGCGAGAGCUGCAGGAGCUGCGACAACAGGUGUGUCGGAUCAAGGACAACAACAACGUGCCCAUGGUGCUGGUGGGCAACAAGUGCGAUCUGGAAAACGAGCGACAGGUGCAGCCUCGGGACGGAGUGGCGCUGGCCAACCAAUGGGGCAAGGUUCCCUUCUACGAGACGUCGGCCAAGUUCAAGACCAACAUUGACCAGGUGUUCCAGGACCUUCUGCGACAGAUCAUUCGUCGAGACUCGUCGUUUGGCGGCUCAACCGUUUCCUUGGCUGGUACAAGCGGAAUGGGCGUGAGCAGCCCUACCCACAGCCCCACGUCCUCUACUGGAGCAGACUAUCUGAACAUGCCUUACGACGAUAGAGCGUCGAAGCACGUGAGUGUCAAGAGUACGAGUUCGGCAGCGUCUAUCCGAAACAUCUCGACGAGUUUCAAAGGGCAUCAGAGGAAGAAUUCGGAGGUGAAGAAGAAGAAGAAGAAGGGGUGUGUUAUCAUGUAA